AUGACCAUUUCGCCUGAAUUGCUUACUAUUUGGUCAGCCUCCGUCGUCCGUCUCGGUGAACACGACUACAGCACGACAAGGGACGGCGACAGACACGAGGACUUCCCAGUGGGCGAGACCGUCCUUUAUCCCGAGUACCGCCUCCCUCAGGCCUAUCACGAUCUGGCGCUGGUGAAGCUAGGGCGGAGGGUGGUGUUCAAUAGCCACAUCAACCCUGUGUGUCUUCCCUGGGGUAGCGAGGCCGAGAAGGACCUCACAGGGAAGGCGGUCGUCGUCACGGGCUGGGGGGCGACAGUGCAUGGUGGCUCCGGAAGCACAGUGCUGCAAGAGGCGUCCCUGACGGCGUUCGCCCCCUCCCGCUGCGACCAGAGCUACUCGACCCUCCUCAGUACCCCCGGAAUUGGCCGAAGGGAAUUGGCAACGAGACUCUGUGCGCCGGGGACCCCCAGGGAGGCAAAGACGCCUGCCAGGGAGAUUCCGGCGGGCCCCUAGUGUACCUGAACGAGCGUAGGAGGCACGUGUUGGCCGGAGUCGUGUCCAGCGGCUAUGGUUGCGGCCUCAAGGAGUUCCCGGGACUUUACGCCAACCUCCGCCAGGCUCCUUACCUUAGCUGGAUCAAAAGGGUGGCUUUCAAUUGAUGUGUUUCUUAUAUGAAAGGAAGUUUUUGGGAAAAAAAUUAAAAGGAAGGUUAAAAAUGG